CCCCGCGCGACCCUCCGCUCCGACCUGCGGGGCUCCCGGGGCAUCGCCGGGCUCCAUCCCACCCCGCACAGUCGGGAAAGGUGUGUUCUCAAACACCGAAGGGGCCUGGCUCUCUGGGGGUGAUUCCGAGACGUUGAGGGGCCGAGAAGAGACCCUGCUAGAGAAGUAAAGGAUGACCAAAAGCAACGGAGAAGAGCCCAGGGCGGGCGGCAGGAUGCAGAGGUUCCAGCAAGGCGUCCGGAAGCGCACGCUCUUGGCCAAGAAGAAAGUGCAGAACAUCACCAAGGAGGAUGUUAAAAAUUACCUGUUUCGGAAUGCUUUUGUGCUGCUCACCGUCACCGCAGUCAUUGUGGGGACAAUCCUUGGAUUCACACUCCGGCCGUACAGAAUGACCUACCCGGAGGUCAAGUACUUCUCCUUCCCCGGGGAGCUGCUCAUGCGGAUGCUGCAGAUGCUGGUGCUGCCGCUGAUCAUCUCCAGUCUCGUCACAGAGAGCAUCUGGUUGGACAGCCUGUUAGCUAUUGAUGCAGGAUGCUUGUUCUCAGAGCCACCGGGACGUGAGCGGGAGCCUUCUGGGGAGCCCCGUCAAGAGGUAAUGCUCACCACGCACUCACCAUCGCGGCCGCCAGCGCUGCCUUUCCCCGGUGAACCCACAGGGUUCCGCUGCCUUCUCCGGGACCGCCUCCGCACCACCACCAACGUGCUGGGAGACUCGCUGGGGGCCGGCAUUGUGGAGCACUUAUCUCGGCAUGAACUGAAGAACCCAGAUGUGGAGAUGGGUAACUCCGUGAUCGAAGAGAACGAAAUGAAGAAACCCUAUCAGCUGAUUGCCCAGGAGAGCGACACUGAGAAACCCAUCGACAGUGAAACCAAGAUGUAG